CAUACGCAUGAGUAUAUAUAGUAUGGACAGUGUAAUUUUUCGAUUAUUGUGCAAAUUGGCCUUGCUAAAAUAGCAUCAUAAUUAUACUUGACAAUCAUGGAUAGAUUUUUCUUAAAGGAUUUUGCUUAUCUGGACAGAUACAUCCAUCCGAUCAUCAUGGGAGCUAUUACAAUUUCUCUGGAUAUUGAAUCAUACAUGGAUGGAACAUUUGAGCAAGAUUUGUCAAGUAGAAAAUACAUCAUUUUUACUGUUCCAAUGUACUUGUGUCUAUUUGGGGUUGUAUUAAACUCCAUCAUCAACAGAAGGAAUAAAAGGGCCAAAUGCUACCUCAAAUGGCGACUAAUCUACUUGUCCAUAAUUAUGUCUUGUUUUCGGAUAAAGUCAAUGUUACUGGUCAACAUCCCAGCGGACCCUGUACCGUUCUUGAUUUUAGAUUUGGUUUACAUUUUGUUCACAAAUUUAGGAUCCCAGGCUGUGAUUGAGCAGGCAGAGGACUUGACUUAUGAGGACAUUCGAGUAAACCACAUGCACCGAGUUUAUGCACAAAAUUAUUGGACCCUUUUUGGUAUACCGUUGCAGAAUCUGUUAAUAGUUCAAGUCAUCUUCAACCUAACUUUCUUGAUAUUUCAAACCAUAUAUUACAAUAAAAGGAAGGCGAUACCUCUUCUAUAUUAUGGAAUGGUUAAUGAUGUAGUAUAUGCAAUUGCUCUCGUUGGAUUGGUCGGUAUCUCUUGGCUGGUAGGGCUGAACACUAUCCUAUUAAUGUUUGGAGUUAGAAAGAAAUCCAUCAAAGUUCUCACUCUGUACUAUUACAUCAAAAUUGUACUCGUCAUGUCCUUGAGAUGCAUUUUGGUCGCAAUGAUAUAUAAAGAGAACGGGCUCCAACUUAUCAACAGAUCCGAGCGAACAAUUUCCGAUUUUACAUUACUUCCGAUAAGUUUUCUUCUUCAAUUUCAACUAGCUCAAGUACUUCGGUGGAUUACUUAUAUCGAUUUAGAGGCCAAUAUGCCCCUAGGAGAAUUUGUACCUUACUUUCAGAUCAAUGUCAAUUAUGAUGAGAAAAAGUCUCCCAGUUUCUUUCAAUUAGUUGCUUUAAACAAGAGUUUUAAAACGUUUAUAGACUCGAUUCUUAUCCCUGCGUGGAGACUGAGAAUCGGAAGUAAGCUGGGAGAAGGAAAUUUUGCAGAAGUAUAUCAAGGAACGGUUAGAACGUUCCCAUUUAUUCGACACAAGAAAAACGUAGCCAUCAAAGUGAUGAAGGAUGACUUUGACUCAGAUUAUUUCAAGUCCUUAAUUUCUGAACUGAAAACGAUGCAAGUUUUAGGAAAACACGAUUUCCUCGUGCAAUUGAUUGGAGUAUCAAAAAUUAAAACUAAAAUGGGAAUUAUCACCGAACUUUGCGAUGAAGGCAGUCUUGAGAGUCAUCUGCGUGAAUUGGAACCACCUGCAAAUCCAGAACCCCUGCAAAACGUCUUUUUGGUUUGGUCUUGGCAAAUUGCCAAUGGUAUGGCUUUUCUCAGUAAUCGCAAGGUGGUACAUGGUGAUAUUGCUGCACGGAAUAUUGUCCUGACUAGGAAGCUCAUUUGUAAAAUAUCAGAUUUCGGGAUGUCGUAUAGACUGUAUGCUUAUCAGACGUAUGCUAAGACAAAACUAACGGCACUCCCUUAUCGUUGGAUGGCUUACGAAUCUCUGUCUUACCUAAAAUUCUCGAAAAAGUCUGACGUUUGGUCGUAUGGUUGCCUUCUCUGGGAAAUAUUCACACUGGGCGAAAUACCAUGGCCGGAAUUCGAGUGGACAUCAGAGUUUAUCAAAAUUUUGAAGAAUGGGCAACGUCUUGAGAGACCAACAUUGUGUAAAUAUGAAAUAUAUAACAAAAUUCUUAUGAAAUGCUGGAAGAUUGAUCCUGAAUUGAGACCUGAUUUCAAUGAAUUGAAAAAUAUUAUAGAAGCAGAAUUACGUUGGAUUCCACAAGUUUGGGAAACUCAUUUCUAAAUUGUAGUAUGUAUUUAACUCUCUUUCGUCAUGUUUUAUUAUGACUUUCGCUAACUUUCCUGGUUGCGUUGUUUUUGCAUUAAAAAAAUAAAAUUAGUUACUUCUUAGGAUUGUGCGUCACUCCUUUGUACUGAUUAAUUUCUAAUUGAUUUGUGAAAAUUUUGAAUAAAUAAUGGGCUGGAAAGUA